GAAUUUUUGUCCUCUGCAUUCCAGCUCACUUAUAAAUAUGUAGAAACAACAAACACAAUACCAUAAAUUUCAGAAAUCCCCACAUAAAUUCCCUUUUUGUGUGUGAUCCAAUCCAAUCCUAAAUACUUUCUUGCAAUCAUUUUCUUUGGCAUGGCGGAGGAAUCCCAAAAAUGGGUGCUUAUGGUAACGGCGCAGACACCCACUAACAUAGCGGUGAUAAAGUAUUGGGGAAAAAGGGAUGAGAAUCUAAUUCUUGCUAUUAAUGAUAGUAUUAGUGUAACCCUUGAUCCUGCUCACCUUUGUACCACUACCACUGUUGCUGUUAGCCCUGCUUUUAAUCAAGAUCGCAUGUGGCUUAAUGGCAAGGAAAUAUCCCUCUCUGGUGGCAGAUACCAAAACUGUCUUAGGGAAAUUCGUGCUCGUGCUAAUGAUGUUGAGGAUGAGAAGAGGGGUAUCAAGAUCACGAAAAACGAUUGGGAGAACCUGCAUGUACAUAUUGCUUCUUAUAAUAAUUUUCCUACUGCUGCGGGUUUGGCCUCCUCAGCUGCUGGCUUUGCCUGCCUAGUUUAUUCCCUUGCAAAGUUAAUGAAUGUGCAAGAGGACAACGGGAAGCUUUCUGCCAUAGCCAGGCAAGGUUCAGGAAGUGCUUGUCGAAGCUUAUAUGGAGGAUUUGUUAAGUGGGUUAUGGGAAAAGAGGAAAAUGGAAGCGAUAGCGUUGCUAUUCAACUUGUAGAUGAGAAACACUGGGAUGAGCUUGUCAUCAUCAUUGCCGUGGUGAGCUCACGGCAGAAGGAAACAAGUAGCACCUCGGGAAUGCUUGAGACUGUUGAAACCAGUGCGCUGAUAGAACACAGGGCAAAGGAAGUAGUGCCAAAGCGAAUAAUUCAGAUGGAAGAAGCCAUACAAAAACGUGAUUUUGCAACUUUCACUCACUUGACUUGUGCAGACAGCAAUCAGUUUCAUGCAGUCUGCCUGGAUACUAGCCCUCCUAUAUUUUACAUGAAUGACACAUCUCAUAGGAUAAUCAGCUGUGUUGAGAAAUGGAACCGUUCAGAAGGAACUCCACAGGUUGCAUAUACUUUUGAUGCGGGGCCAAAUGCAGUUCUAAUUGCACGUAACAGAACGUCUGCUGCACUUCUACUCCAGAGGCUGCUCUUCCACUUCCCUCCAAAUUCAGAAACGGAUUUAAACAGCUACGUCAUAGGUGAUAAAUCAAUACUGAAGGAUGCUGGAAUUCCGGAGAUAAAGGAUGUGGAAGCAUUGCCUCCACCUCCAGAAAUUAAGGACAAGGUUCCAGUUCAGAAAUGUAAGGGCGAAAUUAGCUACUUCAUAUGCACAAGACCUGGUAGAGGUCCAGUUUUGAUAAGCGACGAAAGUCAAGCUCUUCUCAACCCUGAUACCGGGUUGCCCAAGUGAGGUGCCGUACUUUUGCUUAUAAUAUUCUGUUGAAUGAUCAGGCCUAAACAGAGUCCCGAGUUCUACCUAUUACAGCCUCUUGCCCUAAAGAGAAAAAAUGGAGGCUGCUAUUUUUAAAAUGGUUUCAGUAGAGAUGAACUUUGAAUUCAAAAGCUGUUGUUUGUAGUUCAGUUUACUUAUUCUUCAGUGGAAAUUGUUGUGUACUCAUUUCUUUGUUGAAUGCAUUAAGAGUCCUCAAUUUUGCUUCUUUCA